GCCUCUCCGUGCCCUCAAUCAUACAGUGCCCUUCGCUACAGUGCCCUUCGCUUCUCCUAGUAGACCAAGUGAAACAGCUUGAGUUACUAUGGAAUCUCAGAGGGGGAAACUGCUGUCUGAAGAACCACUUCUUGAGAAUUUAAUAGAAGGAACAAGCGAAAAGAUUGUUGAAAUCAAGGGAGUCGAGCACCAUACCACCGACGGAUGGAGAGCAUGCAUUUAUAUCUUAGUGACUGAAUGCUUUGAGGAGCUAGCAUACUACGGGAUCCAGUUCAACCUGGUUACAUUUCUCAAGACAGUGCUACAUGAAAAUAAUGUUACCGCAGCAAGAAACUAUACAAAUUGGCAGGGGACUUGCUAUAUCGCACCACUGGUUGGAGCUAUCAUAGCAGAUUCCUAUUUGGGCAGAUACCUGACCACAGUGGCUUUCUUCACAGUUUACCUAGUUGGGAUGGCUGCAAUGUCCAUUUCAGCAUCAUUCCCGACUUGUGCUGGACCUGAUUGCCUGCAGGAUGGUUCAUCGAAGUCAUUUGUGUUCUUCCUCGGCCUAUACCUGAUGGCCAUCGGAGCUGGUGGGAUAAAGCCCUGUGUUUCAUCGUUUGGAGCUGACCAAUUCGAUGACAGCAACCCAGCCGAGAGGCUGAAGAAGGAUUCCUUCUUUAACUGGUUCUUCUUCGCCAUCUACAUCGGCAGCUUCGUCUCGGGCACCGUCGUUGUGUGGGCGCAAGAUCAUUUCGGGUGGGUAGUUGGCCUCUGGAUCCCGACCCUGUUUAUCGCGUUGGCCAUCACGAGCUUCGUGUUGGGUUCAAGUUCAUACACGGUCCAGAAACCCAUGGGGAGUCCAAUCGUGAGAGUUUUCCAAGUCAUUGUUGCAGCUGUCCGGAAAUGGGAUGUUGGAUUGCCGAAUGACGACUCUCUCCUCCACGAGUUACUACAAGAGAAGGCAUCAAUGGCGGAUGGCGAUAAACUGCAGCAUACACCAGUGCUAAGAUUCCUUGACAAGGCUGCGGUGAUCACAUCAGCCGAGGAGCUGAAUGAUCCAUGGAGGCUCUGCACCGUCACCCAGGUCCAAGAACUGAAGGUGAUCAUCGGAAUGCUUCCCAUCUGGGCCACCGGGAUCGUAUACUUCGCCGUCCUCGCGCAGUUCUCCUCGACGUUCCUGGAGCAAGGCAGGACGAUGGACAAGCAGGUCGGCGCGUUCGCCAUCCCGCCGGCGUCCCUGGCGUCGUUCGACGCAGUCAGUGUCAUUUUCUGGGUGCCCAUCUACGACAAGGUCAUCGUGCCGGCGGCUAGGCGACUCACCGGCAGGGAAAGGGGCCUCUCGGAGCUGCAGCGCUUCGGCACUGGCCUGGUCCUGUCCGUCCUGGUGAUGACCGCCGCGGCGCUGGUCGAGACGCGGCGCCUGGCGCUGGCGGCCGCGCACGGCGAGGGCGAGGUGCCCAUGAGCAUCCUGUGGCAGGUGCCCCAGUACUUCCUGGUCGGCGCCAGCGUCGUGUUCGCGUGCGUCGGGCAGACGGAGUUCUUCUACAACGAGGCUCCGGCGUCGAUGCGGAGCCUGUGCUCGGCACUGGGACUGCUGACCGUGGCGCUCGGGAGCUACCUGAGCUCGCUCGUGGUGACCGCGGUGGCCUGGCUCACGACGAGGGGCGGCGAGCCCGGGUGGAUACCCGAUGACCUCAACGACGGCCACCUCGAUCGCUUCUUUUGGCUCCUCGCGGCGCUCAGCGCGCUCAACCUGGCGGUUUUCGUGUGCUGCGCGGGGCGGUACAGGCGCAAGAGCGUUUACUAGCGCUAUUAUGUGUUGAAUUUAAUUAGACCUGGACCAUUUUAAAGUGUUGUGACCUCAACCUGGCGGUUUUCUCAGAGCUUGUUUGGUUAGUUUCAGCACUACUUUAGACUUGUUGAUCAAUUGAAAUUGCAUCCUUCUUAAUAGUAUGACAUACAAAUACUCAAGAUUAAAGGAUAUGUCUAUUUAACCACACAAGUUUUCAAUGUAUUCAUAUGACAUUUCUUAUGAAUAUAUCUUCAUACAUGUUUUUAACCACUCUUGUCUCAAUCCUUUGAGCAAAUCCACCUUGAGCUUGUGACACGAACUAUUUCAACACAUCUUAAUUUAUAGUUUCAAGUCACUUCAACUUAUGAUCCAACAACUAUUUGAUACUUGACAGUGCAUAACUCCGUAAACAAUGAUUAAUUCAUUGGUGUUAACCAAAGCACUUGUUUCUUCAUCCUUAGUUCCAAGCCAUCGCUUACCCUUUACCUUCACUUAAUUUCUUGAGGCUAAAUCCUUACUUAACCCUUGAACCUAUAUU